UACUUUGAAACAGGUUGAUGCAAUGAAGAGAGCACUAGAAAGUCUUAACCUCAACAUUGUAGAGAUGACAGAUGAAAAUGCAACCUUAGAUGGUGGAGAUGUCUUAUUUACAGGCAGGGAAUUUUUUGUGGGUCUGUCAAAACGGACAAAUCAACGUGGUGCAGAAAUUCUGGCUGACACAUUUAAGGAUUAUGCUGUCUCCACAGUCCCUGUUUAUGACUCUUUGCAUCUGAAGAGUUUUUGUAGCAUGGCUGGACCAAACCUGAUUGCCAUUGGUUCGACUGAAGCUGCGCAAAAAGCCCUCAAGACCAUGCAGCAGAUGAGUGACCAUCGCUAUGACAAACUGACGGUGCCCGAUGACGCUGCAGCAAACUGCAUAUAUCUCAACAUUCCAGGCAAAGGCCACGUUUUGCUGCACCAAGCCCCUGAGGAAUAUCCAGAAAGUGCAAAGGUUUUUGAAAAACUCAAGGACCACAUGCUGAUCCCUAUAGCCAACACAGAAAUGGAGAAAGUUGAUGGGUUACUCACCUGUUGUUCUGUCUUUAUUAACAAAACUUCAGAAUUAUGAGAUAUAGAAUCCCUCCCUUGUAACUGGCAAUAAAGUACAUGCAAGGUAGACAAAUCUA